GGGCCUCUGAGGAGGUGCCCACGCCCUCUAGGUGUGUCCCCGGACCCCCGCGCUGCCCGGCCCUCCACCCGAGCUUCCAUGGGGCCCACCGGCACCUUGGGGUCUGAAGUUCCAUCUCCGCGGUGCCCAGCCCACGCUGUCCCCGGUCAGAUGCGACCUCAGAUCACACCUGGCCCGCUGACCUGAUGAGCAUGUCUGUCUGCGGAGGGAAAGAAUUAAUCAGGUUCCCUCAGGGAAACAGGUGCACUGAGAGCCCCCAAGCGGAACCUACCCUCAGCGUGGGCUCCUGCUGCAUCCAAGACCCACCUGCCCCUGAGCCUAAGUCCAUGGUUCUAAUAGCACCCUCACUGUGUGGCCUGUGCCAUCUGCAGCGGUUCCCAGCCCCAGCAGUAGUAGUUCUUUGCCCAGCCUUGUGAAGUCUCAUCCAGCACCUGCACAGCAAGGCUGAUGCAGAAAUGGUGACCAAUCAUUUAGACACCGUUAGAGCAAGUUGACCGUGUGUUACAUCUAAAGACAUCAAAGGCCUUCCAUUGACGGAUUUUAUCCAAUCACAUCUGUAAAUGCAUCACUGACCCCAGACCCUAUAAGAGGGAGGAGCCUCCGGAAGGCCCGUCAGAUGAGCCCUGUGCGGAGUGUGAGUCACACCGCCCCUGGCAUUUAGCCCAGGCAGGCCCGGUUUGAAGUUCAGUCUUCCUCAGGAGAUCUCCAGAAACACAGGACUUCACAAACUGAAUCCAGAAGUUGAGUCUCUGAAAAAUAUUACUAAGAAUGGAUUUAGAUUUCAGAACCUCAUUUCUGUGUGACCCAUCCAUGGAUAACCUUGGAUCAGGAAAUAAAGACUUUAAACCCAGCCAAGGACCUGCUCUCCAAAAGGCAGAGGAGAUCUCUGAGCUCCAGGACACCCAGCACAGCUUAUUUCAAAAUGGCAACAACUCAUUUGCAAAGCAGGAACUGCAAAGACUCUAUAAAUCAUUUUACUUGUGGCUGCAGCCAGAAAAACACAGCAAAGAUGAAAUUAUUUUUCAAGUGGUCCUGGAACAGUUUAUGAUCAAUCGACACUGCAGUGAUCGGUCUACACUGAAGGAGAAGUGGGAAUCAGGUGGCAGAAACCUGGAGAAAUUCAUGGAAGGUCUGAGUGAUGGUUGCAUGAAGCCACCUGGCUUAGUCCACGUCCACAUGCAGGGACAGGAAGCCCUCUUUUCUGAGAAUAUGCCCUUAAGAGAAGUCAUUGUUCAUCUCGCCAAACAGUUGUCAGCAGGAACCCCAACAGGAGAGAACAUGGGGACACCGUCCUGUACUCCCCAGGAUACUUCCCUGGCAAUGGGACGAGGAGAUGAAGAUAAAGAAAAUGGUGGCAACAUUGACCAAGUAAAUGACCGUAUUACUAGUCAAGGCAAUGAAAUCCCUUCCCUACUCAUUAUCCAGAAAGAGGGCUGUCCUAGGCCUGAAGACGACAGUGUUUCUUUGAAGAAUCCAGUCAAUUCUGGAAGAGCAGGUCUAGCUAUCUCCGGGUCCCAGGAGGGGUGCCCAAAAGGACCCCCUUAUCAAGAUAUCCUUAUGGAGGUGGGACCAGGGUUUCUCUCUCAGCCAGUCAAGGUCACCCCUGAGCCUGUUCCUACCCACCAGAAUGAGGGAAUCUCCACAUGUGAGGGACUCCAAGAAAGAUCCCAUGAAGCCCCCAAACCAUAUAGAUGUGAAAAGUGUCCCAAGAUUUUUAGGUAUUUCUCUCAGCUAAAAGCCCAUCAGAGAAGACACAAUAAUGAGAGGACAUUUAUUUGUGCCGAGUGUAACAAAGGCUUCUUCCAAGCAUCAGACCUACACGUGCACCAGAUGAUUCAUGUAAAAAAGAAGCCUUUCACGUGCAGCACAUGUGAAAAGUCCUUCAGCCACAAAACCAACCUCAAGGCUCAUGAGAGAAUCCACACGGGAGAGAAGCCCUACGCGUGUUCCCUUUGCCGGAGAAGCUACCGCCAGUCAUCCACCUAUCACCGCCACCUGAGGACUCACCAGAAAAUGACCUUCAAGAGUGCUCCUUCCACACCAGAAGCUUCCUCAGCUGCAGCCCCAAUGUAAUGUACAUAAAUGUAUAUGCAAGUAUGUAUAUUUCCAUCGUACUUCUCUGUUUGGAAGAUAAUUCCUAAUUUCCUGAUCGUAUUCUCCAUUUCCUGUCUUACUCCAUUAAAAUAUAACUUUAAGGAA